AUGUCUUAAAUCAAUUUUGAGAAUGAGGGUUAUGAAUAUCAGCCAUCUGAACAUUCGGAGAGAGAUCAACCAACUCCAACCAAACCAAAUCAACAACAAAUCCAGUAGUAACAAUAACGAUUCACUCAAGAAUCUCUAGUAUACAGUGCAUGUAAUUAUAAAUUCAAAUCUUCUUUAGCAUCUUAGGAUACAAAUCGCAUAUUUCAAUCGGUAAGUUCUCCUAAUUUCUAGAAAGGACCAUUGAUCUUAGUUAACAAUGAAUUGGAUUAAUAAUAAAAUCAAGUUCUUCAACCAAAAUAGUAAGUUAGUAAUUAAAAUAUGCCAAAAGUUGUACAGAUAAUAAGACCUGACAGUUCAAAGAAAUAAUAAUUACAACCUUCAAGUCCAGUGAAAACACCAGUUUAAGAAUCGAAAUUACCUUAAUUUGUGUAGCAAUCUUAACAAUCGUAGAUGUCCUAACUCUCACAGUAGCAACAACGUUAGUAAUAAUAAUCUUAAUAAUAACCAUAAAGUACAGUAGCCGAGUUGGAGCAGUAACUGAUGUAGGAAAGAUUGAAUUCGGAAUAAUUAAGAAUUUAUAAUCACAUUAUAAAAAUGGAGUUAGAGAAAAAAUUGUACAAUUAGGGAGUGUUUAUAACUAAUUCAAAAAAUAAGAAAAGAAAUGAGAAUGCUAUAGAUAUCUAUUUAGAAUUAUAACACAAUAAAGUUUAGAUGUAAACAAUCUAAAAUGAAUUUAAAUAGAGAGAUCAAAUUAUAUAACAUUUAGAAAAUUAACUUAAAUAAUCAAAUUAAAUAAAUGAGUUAAUGAAAAAACAUGAAAAUGAAUUAUAAUAAUAAAAUGAAGACCUAUCACAAUCUAUGUAAGAAGCAAUGAAGAACAUAACUCAUGCAAAUUAGACGAUUUAAUAAUAGGAACAGGAGAAAGAUGCUUUGAUUGAUCAUAUUGAGUAAUAAAAAGAAUAAAUUGAUUAAUUACAUCAGUAAGUUGAAAAGUUGAAAUUUGAGAACUAAGAAAGAAAGAAGUAAUCAGAAACAUCAAAUGAAUAAAUUAAAAAAAUGAUAUAAAUCUAAGAAAAACUUGGUUAAUUAGAAGAGGAAUUAUAAUCAAAAAAGAAUGAAGUUGUAUCAGCAGAGAAUUCUAAAAAAGUAUAACAUAUGUUAAUUCUUUUAGUAAUUACAAAAGAAUAUAUCUGAUAAAUAGAAAGAAAUCAUGAGCUUCUAAUUAUAACUGACUGAAGCCAAUAAUAAGUUAUUAGAAUGCGAAUAGGCAAAUAGAGAAUUAAGUAGAUAAUUUAAUUAAAGUGUUUACUAAAUGUCACAACUUAAAAAGUAUAUAGUAGAUUUAAUUUAGAUAAACUGAGGAAUAAUAAAGUCGUAUUGAAAAUCUAGAAUAGUUAAAUUAUGAAAUUGAAAGUAAUAUGACAAAAACAGGAAGACAAAUUUGUGAAGCUGAUAGAAUGAUGAAUGAAAAAGAAUAAUUAAUCAAAAAGUAAUAACAAGAACUAGAAAAUAUCUUAAAAUAAAAUGAAGAAAUGUCAAAAGAAUUUAAUCAAUUAGUCUAGGUUCAUUAAUAGUUUGGAGCAUUGAAUGAAAAGCAUCAAUAAUUCUAAUAAAAAUAUGAAUCCUUGCAGAAAGAAUACUAGCAGAGAAACAAAGAAUUUCAGGAAUCCUCAUAAUAACUAGAAUUAUUUUUGUAAGAAAUUCAAUAAUUGAAACAAACAAAUAAUGAACUUUAAAAUGAGAGAUAGUAAAUAUUGGAAGAACUCGAUAUUCUAUAACAAGUUAAAUAUGAAUCAGAAAAGGUUAUAGAAUAAUUAAAAUUUGAUAACAAUGAUUUGUCAUUGCUCUUGUAAGAAAGAUAAGAAUUAAGUGGUAAAUAUCAUGCAUUGGAAAUUAAAUUCUAAGCAGACAUAGAAUAUUAUGAAAAGUAAUCUUUUAUAUAAUUUGUUAGAACAAUCAAGGAUAUGAAUGAAAAAUUGGAAUUGUCCUAAAAUACUUCUACAAAUAUUGCUUAAGAAGAGAAGCGAUUAGUUGAAUUACAUAAGAUUUAUGAAAAACUUGAUAGAUUGCUAUUUCAUCUGACAUAAAAAAUCUCUAAUGAAAAACCAUCAUUCAAAGUGGACUUAGUAAUUUAAUAGUUAAAUGGAUCUAUUGAAUAAAUUGAGAGGUAUUUCAAAUUAUCAAGCAAUCGAUCUCAAUAAGAUAAAUUUUAGAAUUCAUAAGGAUCAACUAUACAAGAUCAUAAUAAAAUAAAUACUAUAAGGCCUUCUGAUGCAGAUAUAUUUAAAAAUAGUGAUGUAACAAAUAUUAAAUAAAUCCAAACUUAACAAACGGUUGCAAAAAGAAAGUAUUUUUUAUGA